AGAACAAUUAUUGUGGAUGUGACAAGAUGCAAACUAGGCAAACAAGUUUUGAAAGAAAUAGAAUCUUGUUCUGAUUUUAACAAUAUAUAAGCAUUUAUAAAUAAUAGUUAAGUUAAAUUAAGUAUGUUUUAUUUGUAAUGUGUACAGUAUUUAUUUACCAGCUUAUUCUAACAAAACAUAAAUGGAUCAUUCACCAAACCGCGAACAAUCUGCAAUCGAAUUAAUUGGCCAUAGGGGUCCAAUGUUUCGUAUAAACGAAAUAAAAGUGCUAGUAAAUCUAGUUGAAAAAUAUAAAACGGUGGUAUUAAAUAAGAACACAAAUGCUGCAUCAAUCAAUGCAAAGGAUAGGGUUUGGGCAAAAAUUACUAAAGAAUUUAAUGAAGGAGAUGUAAAGCAUACAAGAAGUGUUGAAAGCCUGAAAACUAAAUGGGAGAAUCUUAAAAAAGUGGCAAGGAGGGCAUCAAAGAAUAUAAUAGAUUUAAAUUAUAAUGAAUUUGAUGAAAUCACCAAUAGAGUGGUUUCAAUGAUACAUGAAGCUGAUAACAGAGUUGAACCAAUAGAAUGUGCUUCAUUUCUAGAUGAUUGUGAUAAUGAAAUAAAAGAAAAUUCUAUGAAUUACUGGGAGGAUGACAAAUCAUCAGAUGAAGGUGACAGUGCUCGAGAAUUAGAUAGAAAGGCAAGAUCUACAAACUUUUCACCACAAGAAUGUGAUUUACUUUUGAAAUGUGUAAAACAAGAAAAGGACAUUAUAUUCAGCAGGGAAACAACCAAAAAAGCCAAUGAUUUAAAAAGCUUAGCUUGGACAAGGAUUGUAGAAGAGUUUAAUAAAUACAGCACAAAUGCAAGGUCAAAAAGGGUUCUGAGAACAAAAUUUGAAAAUAUGAAAAAGAUCAUGAAAAAAGCCAGUGUAGAUGAAUAUAUAAAAAGGUUUGGCAGUGGUCUGGACUUAGAUAAUAGGCCAUUCAAAUCAGAACCAUUGUUUGAAAACAAAAUGGACGAUGAAGACUUGGAUGAUAUUGACCGUAGUGACCUUAGAACAUCACCACUACAGAAUAAUGAUGAUUGCAUAGAUCCAUUACAAUUUGUUAUGAAUGCUGAUUCAGGGAUUGGCUCGACAAGUUACAUGGCACCUUGGAAUGAAUUUGAAAAUAAAGAAGUUGUGAAGUUGAAGCUAGAGUUACUUAACUAUCAGUUGGAAACUGCUAAGCUCAAAAGAAAGAGAUUAGAAGAGGCAAUAAGAGCAGAAGUUGCGGAGAGAGAAGCGAAAUCUCUCGAAACGUCUCUUCGAUUGCGGACCGCAAGACUGGAAGCUGUAGCGGCAGAGAUGAAACUACCAGAAACACAUCCUGCUCUCGUUUAUACGGAAAAAGAAAAACUGGCGCAAGAAUAUUUGAAGUCACAUUAAUAAAUACACUUAAAGUUUA